ACGGAAGCAAAUAACAGGGCACUGCUCCAUUGCGCUUCCGUUUGCCACCGGAGCGAAGUUUCUGUCAGCUGAUUCCCAAAUCAGUUCCCAGUCUGUUGUAGAAUCGGUAAUAACUAGUUUUGGAUCCUUUGAGAGGAGGACGCGUCUGCUACCCGCCAGGUGUGGUGCUGCUGGCGGCAGCUUGAGCUCGCAGAGCCGCUGAUUAUGGUUUAGCACGAAGAGCUAGCUGGGAGACAGAAGAUGUGGAUCUGUGUCACUGGCAGACGUUGGACAGGCGGUGAGGCUCGGGGCAGAGAGAGGCGUGUCUCAGCAGCGUAGCCAUGCUUACAUUGGCUAGCAAGUUGAAGAAGGAGGAUGGAGGGAAAGCAAGCCGUGCCUCUGGAGCCUCAGACUCCACCCACAGGGUCUCCAUCAGGGACCGCCUCCUGACCAAAGAAGUUGCAGAACUUGAAGCCAAUCUUCCUAGCACAUGCAAAGCCAGCUUUCCAGAUGAGAACAAGCUGCAUCACUUCCAGCUGGCAGUGUCUCCUGAUGAAGGUUACUACCAAAGUGGAAAGUUUCAGUUCGAAAUAGACGUCCCCGAAGCUUACAACAUGGUGCCUCCUAAAGUCAGAUGUCUGACCAGAAUAUGGCAUCCCAACAUCACGGAAAACGGGGAGAUCUGUUUGAGCUUACUGAGGGAACAUUCUAUCGAUGGAACGGGCUGGGCCCCAACCAGAACAUUAAAGGAUGUAGUCUGGGGAUUGAACUCCUUGUUCACUGAUCUGUUGAAUUUUGAUGACCCGCUGAACAUCGACGCAGCAGAGCAUCAUCUGAGAGACAAGGAGGAUUUUCGGAAUAAAGUUCAAGAUUACAUCAAGAACUACGCCAGAUGAUAGAUGCAGCGGGCUCCCGACAUCAGCCGGCACCAACCAACCUCUGCUUACACGGCCCACUCCUACAUGUGUGAUUCAGCAGCAGCAGGCUCCUUCCUCUGGCCACACCCCCUUUUUGUUGCAGUAAACCUCACACUGCAGGAAUGAAAUUAAAACGUAAAGAAAUUGUUCAAAGGAAGGACUUGGUAAAAGAAAAAAAAAGCUUUAAACAUGUGUGUUCCAUACGUUAUUCCACCUCCCUACGGCGAUCCUCGGAUCGAGCCUCGGCAGAAACAUCUCAACAUGGAGUCUCCCACCGUGGUGGAGAAGGGUCCACCAGUUCCGGGUUCCAGUGCCUGCUUUGCUUGUGUCGCUCAAGAAGAAAUGCACGAGGGUUCACGAACUUUCACACGAACGACGACGCGUCAGUUUGGUUGUAAUAGUUCAGCACUUCAUCCGUUUCUGAUCCGCCCGGUUUAACAGCAUGAGAAUGACCACAUUAACACAUGUUUUCACCUUCCACACACACACACACACACACCAUCUCGGUGUAAAGAAUUUAUUUAACCCAAAAGUGCUUUUUCAGCUUUUUGGCGACGGAUCGGUUGACAGUUGAAAAUGAAGUGACUGGUUUAGAUUUUAUUUUGCAUUCAUAAAAUAAAACUAAUAAAUGGGAAUGGAAUUGUA